GUACCCGCUCGUCGGACGGCGCCGCUGUGACGAAAGGAGAAAGAUCCGGAGCGAUGAAGGAGAGAACCAAACGCGUCGUCUCUGUCGAUCGCUGCUGCCCUUUAUAUUCUUCUUGUGUGUCGAUUCGGUGACGAGGGAGACAUUUGAUUUGAUCGUCGUAACGGAGUUAUCAGUGAUGAGGGAGACCUCUUCCGAGUUCGAUCUUCUAAUUUGAGGAUGCAAUUGGAUCCAAAAAGGCGUAGCUUUUGUUGAAUCUGCGAUGAUUCGGUGUAAAUUUCCCCUGUCGAGGGCUGUUUAAGAGAGGGCUGGCGCUGUAUAGGUACCAGGAUUCCAGCCGUCAGUUGGGGCACAGUGCGUCACGCUAAAGGAGGCGAAGUCUGGAGGCAAUCUUUCCCCGCCUUUGGUAUUUUUCUUCCAGAGCGAUGGGGGCCAGAACUCAGCCCCUGUGAUCCCCAUGUCAGGGAACGAUCGGUCUGGUCUCAGGCUUGCCUCUGGUGAGAUGAACCAGAUACUAAACAGCGUAGGGAACUCUUCUGGCCCAAGCGUCGGUGCGAGCUCCCUCGUUACAGAUGCCAACUCAGGGCUCUCUGGCGGUCCUCAGUUGCAAAAAAGCACCAGCUUCAACAACGAGUCAUAUAUGGGUCUUCCUGCCUCACCCAUUUCUUUCUCCUCCAACUUCUCUGGUUCUUCGGUGAUGGACGGUUGCUCCAUUGUGCAACAGAGCUCACUCCAAGAACAGGUGCAGAAGCAAGGGCUGUCAACAGCAACAUCUCAGCUAGUGCAACAGGAACCCAACAAUUUAAUGAAUGCCCAGAAGAAACCGCGGCUUGGUGUAAAGCAUGAGGAUGUGCUGCAGCAGCAGUUGAUCCAACAACUUUUGCAGAGACAUGAUGGAAUGCAUCCACAAGUUCAGCAAAACCCGCAGUUGCAAACCAUUUUGCAACAGCAGAGACUAAUGCAGCGUCAGCAGCAUCAGCAGCAGAUAAUGCAGUCCCUUUCUCAGUUGCAACAAGGUCCUAUCACCUUGCAGCAGCAACAACAGCUGAGACACCAUCUGCAGCCACAGUCUAUUCAAUCGGCUACUCUCAUUAAGCGGCCUCUUGAUAAUGGAAUAUGUUCUCGCAGGCUUAUGCAAUAUUUAUUUCACCAACGUCAUCGGCCACCUGAUAAUUCCAUAUUGUACUGGAGGAAGUUCGUAGCUGAAUAUUUUGCAGUACGAGCUAGGAAAAGAUGGUGUUUGUCCUUGUAUGAUAAUAUGGCCAACAAUACACUUGGUGUUUUCCCCCAGUUGGCUGUGGAUGCAUGGCAGUGCGGUUUCUGUGGUUCUAAAUCAGGAAAAGGAUUUGAGGCUACUUUUGAUGUACUUCCUCGGCUUUUUCAAAUUAAAUUUGACCAUGGCGUUAUUGAUGAAAACUUAUUUCUUGACAUGCCCCAUGAGUCCCGAUUAUCUUCUGGAAUUAUGGUAUUGGAGUAUGAAAAAGCUGUUCAAGAAAGUGUUUAUGAACAUCUACAUAUUGUACGAGAGGGACAGCUCCGAAUAAUAUUUACACCAGAACUGAAGAUAUUACUUUGGGAAUUUUGUACUCGACGACAUGAAGAGUUUCUUCCUCGUAGACUGUUAGCUCCGCAGGUUAACCAACUAUUGCAAGUUGCUCAGAAAUAUCAAGCAACUGUAACUGAAAAUAAUACUGCUGGAGUUUCACACCAAGAUUUGCAAACCAGCUGUAAUAUGUUUGCAGCAAUAGGUCGUCAACUAGCAAGAAAUUUCGACCUGCAAUCUCUGAAUGACUUGGGAUUCUCCAAAAGAUAUGUCCGGUGCUUGCAGAUAUCUGAGGUUGUCAGUAGCAUGAAGGACUUGAUUGAUUUUAGCCAGGAGCAGAAGAUUGGAGCAAUAGAGAGUUUGAAGAACUAUCCAAGGCAUGCCGCAGCGAAGCACCAAAAGCAGAAGUUGGACGAGGAGCAAGCCAUGAGUUCUCACGCUCUGCCAGGUGAUCCGAGCACCCUGAAAAAAGCCACAGGCAUCCAAGCAGGGUUAAACAAUUACAUUAACAACAAUCUGGCAGCUAGCCAAGCCGCUAACAGCAGCCAACAGGGUGUUCAUGCACUGAACAGCUUUCAGAAUAUGCUGAGGAACACCUUGAAUUUAAAGCAGAAUGUGCUUCAGGAGGAAGCUUUGAGUUCUUUAAGUGGUUCCAAUCAUGCACAGCCUCUACAAUUCCAAGGUUCUGCCUCAUCAGUUUCCAUUGAUGCAUCUGUAAGUAAUUUAUCUGGCCAGCAUCGGCCGCAACCUCCAUUGGACAUUCGCUUGCAGCAGCAGUACAACCCGCAAAACCCCCAGGUGAACCAACAUAUGCAGCAACAUGUGAUUCAGCAAAUGCUGCAAGAGAUGAUGAAUAACAAGGGAGCAUCACAACAAGCUGUUAUUGCUCCUAAUGCAAAUGCUGGUCUGGCAGCUGGAGAUGUUACUGGAGGUGACAUUACUGGUACACCGGUCAGGAUAGACACUGGAUCAAUCAGAAAUGCACUCGAGCUCCAAAGUAUGCCGACAAACCUGCGUAACAAUGGCACAGGAGGAAUGGGAAGCAAAAGUUACAGCUUCCAAUCUGCUGCCACCGCCAGCAACCCCACCAUAAGUGGCAACAUUAUCAAUUCAAGACCUGACUUGCCCCAGAACAUGGGUUUGCCAGAAAUGGAUCACAUUGCUCAAGAAUUUGCUGAAAAUGGGAUAUUCGAUGCCGAUUCUUGGUGAUGUUGGGUUUUUUUUAAUGACCGGAAGGAAUGAAAUUAGUCAUAAAGCUGUUGACAAUUUCUGAUGUCCAAGUUAUUAUCUACAUACAUGCUAUGGUUGCUUUGUAGGGUAAUGGCUAUGCUGUUUCAGUAUGAUGUGCAAAUGAAUCUGCAAGUUUUCUCAUUGCA